AUUCUGUUAUCUAUGUUUUGCAGAUGGAAUCAUUACUCUCUGAGGGCAGAACAGUUCCAUUUGGUAUGGAUGUAGCUGGCCAGCAAGAAAACUCAGAGGAGAGUGAUUCUAGUGAACCUUCCAGUGUUUCACUACAUUCUGGGCAAAUCUUUGGUCCUGCAGAAGAAGCAUCAGCGGAUAGUGUUUACAAUGGACUUUCCAAUGAUAUGCUACAUCCAGGGAAAGUCUUUGGUACUGCAGAAGAAGCUUUUGAGACAUAUAUCAGGUAUGCGAAGAAACAUGGAUUUUCCAUUCGGAAGCAACGCACUUAUGUAAUAGAAGAUGGUUCAAAGGAGAUUUACCGGAGAGACUUUGUUUGCCACCGAGCAGGGAAGGGGAAACGAAAGAGAAUGGAUGAUGGCAACGAAGGAAGGAAUCGUAAGUCAGUUAGAUGCAUGUGUGAGGCUCACUUGUGUGUUUAUAGGGUUAAGACAGCUGAAGCUGUGACAUGGCAGGUCAGUAGCUUUUCUGAUAAGCAUAACCAUGAGCUACUCACUGAGGAUGAAGUGCGUCACUUACCCGCCUAUCGGUACAUUUCAGAUUAUUACAAGGGCCGCCUAGUGGAAAUGGAAAAGUCUGGAAUGUCAGUGAAGCAAAUGAUGAGACUACUAGAGGUGGAGCAAAAGGUUGAAGUUGGUGGAUUGCCCUUUAAUGAAACAGAUAUAAGGAAUUUUUUAAGUCAAAGCAAGAACAUAGAGCGGAAGUAUGAUGCUGCCAACCUUGUGCUUUUGUGUAGAAGUAUGCAGGAAAAGGAUGCUGAAUUUCGAUAUGAUUAUAGUGUUGAUGAACAAAAUAGGUUGGAGCAUAUUGCCUGGUGUCAUGCUUCAUCUGUUCGAGGUUAUGAGCACUACGGUGAUUUGGUUGUGUUUGACACCAGCAAUAAGCUUAAUGCUUAUGAUAUGAUAGUUGGAAUUUGGGUUGGUGUUACCAAUCAUGGGGUUUCAUGCCUAUUUGGAUGUUGUUUACUACGCAAUGAGAAGGCCUCAUCAUUUUCAUGGGCAUUAAAAGUAUUUCUAAGGUUUAUGAAUGGUAAACAUCCGAAAAUUAUAUUCACUGAUCAAGAUUCUGCAAUCAGAGAAGCUGUUAGGGAGCAGAUGCCAGGUACAAGGCAUGCAUUUUGCAUGUGGUAUAUCACGAAGAAGGCUCCUGGGUGGUUUUCUAGCCUACUAGGAACACGUUACAAUAAGUGGCAGGAGGAAUUUUAUAAGUUGAAUGAGGCCGAAAGUGAAGAAGACUUUGAUGUAGGCUGGAGGGACAUGGGUGAAAUGUAUGGACUUAGUGGGGAUCUGAAUUGGAUUAAUUUAUAUGAGUUGCGUGCAUUGUGGGCAAAGCCAUUCCUGAAGUCCUCGUUUGUUGGUAUUUGGACAACAAACAGAUCAGAAUCGAUGAACUCUUUCAUGAAGAGAUUCAUUACAUCAGAAACCUUGCUCACUGAAUUCAUGGAACAGGUCGGACGGGCUGUUGACACCAUAGUUCUGGCAGGGGAAAAACAGAACAUGCAACAAAAGGUUAACAAGAUUGUUCUUAAAACAGGGGCGCCCAUUGAAGAACAUGCAUCAAAAUUAUUAACCCCAUAUGCAUUCAAUCAAUACCAGAAGGAGAUACUUCAAUCAUUCUUUUAUCGAGUGCAACAGAUUGACAAUGGGGAAUGGCUUGUAAAACAUGCUUCAACAGAAGACAAAGGCUGUAAGGUUUAUCAUGUUGUGGGUGGAGGGGUUGUUAGUUGUAGCUGUAGGGCCUUUGAAUUUACUGGAAUUCUAUGUAGACAUGCUGUGGCAGUGUUACAAAGGAACAACUGCUUUGGAACCCCUGAUCAGUACUUACCAGUUCGCUGGCGGCGGGAGGCAAGUAUGGAAAGCAAUGCUUACUUGGAGAGACUUAAAGUACUGAAGCCUAUUGCCAUGGAGUUGAUAAAAGAAUCCGCCAAGUCCGUAUCUGUAUUCUCUACUGUCUUGGAAGUAUUGACUAAGACUCUCAAUGAUGCGAAGUCACAUGGAGGCUCAAGUAGUGAUCAUGGUGAUGUUGGGGUUGAGAUGACAGCAAUUGAAUUAUGUACCAAUGCUCCUGGUGAUUAAAUAUUUUCCGCUCUUUUAAAUCCAGAGGUCUGCAUUGACGAAAGGAACAAGGACAUGGAUAAUACAGAGGAUGCA